UAUGUAUUAGGCCUGUGGCGUGUCUCUUUCCUUGCCUUUCCUCCUUGCUCGUCUCUCUAUCUUCACAUUCUUCCGUCGACGAGACUCCAACUCUUACAAACAAACGACACCCUUGUCUAGUUGUCUUCCUGGUUGCUGUCUUGGUGUACGUCUACAAAUGGCGAUGCUCAAUGUCUGUGCUGGUCAUGGUAUGAGUAUUUAUCCCGCUCUGCUUCCUUUCUCACCAACUCUGUCCAAACUAUACACUGGCCCAUGGGCUGCUCCGAGAAGAAGACUGCUUAUCAGUCCGGCUUUUGCAAUGAAGAAGGAGACAGCUGCUACAGUUAUUGCUGUGGCUGCUGACAAAGAAGAAGAAGAAGAAGAAGAAGAAGAAGAAAUGGAGGAGCCCGGUGAGACCCUAUUGUACUCCUUCACUCCUUUGCCUUUGCUCUUUGUGGCUGCCCUUCCUGGAGGUGGAGCUGUGAGAUCUGUGUUUGGGCCUUUUGUUGAGCUUGUUAAGUCAUUCAAUCUUCCCGACUGGCUUGUACAUUGGGGUCACCCGGGAAACAUGGCAGUUGUGCUCUUUGCAAUGGGUGGGUAUGGAACAUAUCUAGGCUUCCGGAUACGAUUUUCUGAUGAUGUGGAAGAGAAGGCUAAUGCCAAAAACUUGCACCCCAAGCUUCUAGGUGGGAUGUUCUUCUUCUUUGCUCUUGGAGCAACUGGUGGAAUUACGUCUCUCCUCACUUCAGACAAACCCAUCUUUGAGAGUCCUCAUGCUAUUACAGGUUUCAUUGGCCUUGCUCUCUUGACCGUACAAACCAUAUUACCUGCACUUUUUGAGAAUAAUCCUGGAUUAAGAAACGCUCAUGGUAUCUUGGGUAGCGGGAUAAUGUCAUUGUUUCUCCUGCACGCUGCCCUUGGACUUCAACUUGGCCUCAGUUACUAAUCAUAUAUGACCUUCUCCACGCCUACUCCUCCCCACUUUUGUUUUGUAAUUCAUUUUUCUUUAUAAAUUAAUAGUCCACAUUUAAUCUUUC